UCGACGAAGGACAUCAGCGAAUUCCAGGACGUCCAACGAAGGAGGGGCCUCCGCGUGCACGAGACUUUUGGUGAGGCUAUCCGAAUCGACAAAAUGGCGAAAUGAAGGUAACGUAGUAUACAAGUCUACAGAAGGACUGUCGCCACUUCUUCAGAUCGAGCGCCUUCAGCAGGCAGUCAACCUGUACAGCAGAGCCCUUGAUCGUGCACAGGAUGCCGCCGACAGAUCCUCAGCAUACAAGAACAUCGCCAUGGCGUCCUGGAAGUUAGCAAAAACCAAGAUGGCGCUUCCGGAUGUGGAAGAUAAGAUUGUGUUCUAUCACUUCAAGCAGGCUCUGAAACAUUUCAAGGACGCUGAAAAAUCGGGAAGGUCACGUGACCUUCAAUGGCAAGCCUCCCUAACAACUAGCGCCCUCGAGUGCUGGAGCGACAUCAAGCAACGGGUGGACAAACAUGAGAACGAAGAGCGCAAAAUGUGGGAGUUACAGCCCCUGCUAGGACUUCUUUUUCAUGAUGCCACUCUGGCUAAAGAACACUUCACCAUCGCACAGACUUACUAUUCUUGGUCCUCGGCGGCACUGACAAAACGCGACUUUAGAAAAGCUUUGAGUCUUCUGGGAGACUGCAACUUCCCUCUGAACGAAGCCAUGAGGCUGGGGAAGGCAGACCAGGAUCUCAUGAAAGAGUGCCGUGUGCUGGAGGAAGAGAUCUUUGACCGCAAAUGCGUGGCCGAGUCCAUUCAGGCUCGCACGAAUGGAGACGAAAUUCUGAAGAUGAUCACAUUCGAGACAGAAGACCUGAACAUCAACAUGGUGUGGGAGGUGAUCGACUGGUACCACAAUGCCGCUCUGCUGAUUCGGGAACGGGACCUUGAACUGGAGGCCAUGGCCCUGUACAGCCUUGGUCGCGUAUACGCCAAGGUACUGAAACUCAAGUACUACGCCAAACUCUAUCUUAUGAAAGCCUUUGAAUUAAUCAAUGUCAUGGUACCUCGAACCUGUCUUAACGAGGAAUGGUAUUUAUCUGCACAAACCAUACUGCGGCAUUACCAGCAGGAAGAAGAAUGGGCAGACGACCUAGAGAAGCUGAGAAAGCGAGAGUCAAUCAUGAAGGAAAUCAAAGACGACCUUGACAAACUGAACGAAAAAUUCACCAAGUCCUCGAAAUAUGACUUUUUGAAAUACGUCUAUGCGACUCAUCCCCCUAAAAACCCCAAACACAAGUGCGAUGAAAACGCCGCCUUUGAGGAUCAAGAGGUGUUGAAGAAGCUGUACCUGAAGGCCGUUACCCACUAUCACCCUGACAAGGUGGACGAAGAAAGAGAUGGAGCAAAGUGGAAGGUUCUGUGCGAAGAGAUCACAAAACUGCUAAGUCAGCAAUACCAAAAUGGAGUGGGAGCUCGAUAUCGCAGUGAUCGAAACACUUCGCCCAAAGCGGAUCGUCACCAAAGCAUCACUACAUGGGAUGAACAAAGACGAUAUAAAGGCUCUUAAGCGAAGUGGAGGGGGGCUGGAAAGGUGGAGCAGAUUGCUUUGGGUGCAAUGGCUUAACGGCUGCAAACUGUGGGCAACUGGUGGGCAGCUAGAUGGUAUCUAUGUGGUAGUGACAAUAACCCCCUGACCCUCACCAACACGGAGUCCGAGAUGGCACCAGCUGUGUUUAGACGGAUGGACCUGGGCCUGCUGGCUUACUUUCGGCAUAGAAGGAAAGGCAAGAAGCUCUUCCUCCUAAUUUUUCUGUCCAUGGCAGGGGAUAACACGGAGAAAACUGACCUCGGAGGACGCAUGACACUGACACGACUGUCCCCAAGAAUGAAAAAGAAGUGGUACAUUUCAGUCCCAAAG